AUGAGAAUCUCUACGUCUACCCUUAUCCUGGCGUCUUGCCUGUCAACGGCCUCCGCUGUACCUCACAACUCCAAAGACCAAAGCAUCAACGUCGAUGUUGUUGUCAUCGGAGGUGGCUCAUCAGGCAUCCACGCAGCCAUCAACCUCAAAGAUGCAGGCGCAAAGGUUGCCGUGAUUGAGAGAAAGAACCAGAUCGGCGGCCAUGCUGAGACAUACGUCGACCCCAAGACAAAGGCGUUUGCCAACAUUGGAGUCGUUGUCUUUGAGAACACCAAGACUGUCCAAACAUACUUUGAACGUCUGGGCGUUGAAUCUGUUGUCGGCAGUCCUUUCGACACUAAGACAGUCACCAAGCAGUAUGACUUUUCUCUCGGUAUCCCCAUUCCCUCUCCAGACAAGGCCCAGGCCGCCGCGAACCAAAACGCUAUUGCUGGUGCGAUGCAAGCCUACAGCCAAAAUGUCUUUUCCAAGUACCCUUGGAUCGACCAGGGCUAUGCCUUUGUUCCCAACCCUGUGCCUAAGGAGCUUCUCCAGCCUUUCGGACUGUUCGCUCAGCAGAACAACUUCACUGCUCUCCUUCCUCUCAUUUCCCAGUUCAACUGGUACCCUGGAAACAUCACCACCAUCCCCGCUCUCUACGGUAUCAAGAAGUUUGGUCCCGGUCUGAUGCAGAGCAUCAGCAGCGGAUUCAGAGUCCCAAAGUCUGGCAACACCAGAACUAUUUACGAAGCCGCAGCCUGCGAGCUCAGUGAACAAACCUACCUCAACUCACAUGUCACAAGUGUCAAGAGGAACAAGCAUGGUGUUGUCGUUACUGUUAAGCAGCAUGGAAAGACACUCACCUUCAAGGCACGCAAGCUUCUCGUUGCUAUUCCCCAGACCAUCAGGAACGUCGGCUCUUAUGAUCUCUCAAAAUCCGAAAAGGGCCUAUUCUCCAAAUUCUCUGCCCUUGGCUACGUUGCAGGCGUUGCCAAUAUCGCUGGUGUCAGUGUCAACCUCCAGAACGUCGGCGCUUUCACACCAGCCCAUACUCCUGUCAUCCCUGGAAGCAACAGCUACAACAUUCCCCCCGGUUUUACCGAUCAAUUCCUCCUCGGUGUAGCCUUUGACAACGCCGACUACAGCCUCGACGAUGCCAAGGCAGUAAUUCGUAGGGAACUCACAACUCUUGCCCGUGUAGGUGCUGUCCCAGCUGGCUCAGCAGAGAAGGUUAAAUUCCCUCUUCUCUCCAACCAUGCUCCUUUCGAGCUACAUGUUUCUGCUGAGGAGAUUGGUGAGGGAUUCUUUGAGGAUCUUUUGAGGCUUGAGGGAUCCCGCAAUACCUAUUGGACUGGUGCUGCGUUUGCCGGUCACAACAGCGGAUUGAUCUGGAACUGGAACGAUAAUGUUAUUCUGCCGGCUAUGAAGAAGAGCUUGGGACUUUAA